GAGGGUAUCUUUGCCUUGGUAAGGAUUUUCCUGUUAAUCAUACAGGCUGAUUGUGAGAUCAGACAAUAAAAACAGGCAGCACGCUGCUGCAACCUCAGUCAUUAGUAAACCGCGGAAUUACUCUCCCGGUAACAGAUACUGCGAGAAUCAUGUGGGCACAGUGGGUUCUGAUCUGCGCGGUGCUCGUAGUUUACUCAGAAAGCAAGCAUCCAAGGAGAAACAGUCUUCAUGACUAUCGGAAGAGUGAUGGAAUCCACUUGUUCAAAACUGACAGUUCCCUCCUGACCAAAAGUAAAUCUCUUAGCGAAGUGAAGUGUGCCAGAAGAUGCAGUAGAAAUAAGGGAUUAUCUUUUAUUUGCAGGGCUUUCCACUUUGACCAGAAAACAAGGAAAUGCCAUUGGCUGUCAUUUGACAGCAAUACUCCAGGUGUUAAAAAAGAGCAAGAUUUUAGCUUUGAUCUUUACGAGAAAAAAGAUUAUACAAGAGAAUGUAUCAUUGGUGAAGGAUCAAGUUAUAAAGGAAUUAAAUCUGUUACAAAAACUGGCCUGAAGUGUCAAGCCUGGGCUUCAUCUGUGCCACAUGAUCACAACUUUUUGCCUUCGAGAUUCAAGAGAAAGGACCUAAAGGAGAAUUACUGCAGGAAUCCAAAUAAUGAGACGUCAGGACCAUGGUGUUAUACCACAGACCCCGAUAUCCGCCAUCAGUCUUGUGAAAUCCCGCAGUGUUCAGAAGUUGAGUGUAUGACAUGCAAUGGAGAAAAUUACAGGGGUCCUAUGGAUCACACAGAAACUGGGAAAGAAUGUCAGCGCUGGGAUUUGACAAGGCCUCACAAACACACAUUCCAUCCAAAAAGGUAUCCUGAUAAGGGACUCAAUGAUAAUUAUUGCCGCAAUCCCGACAACCGUCUUCGUCCAUGGUGCUUCACUCUGGACCCCCAAACCCCCUGGGAGUACUGCAACAUUAAAGUCUGUGAUGUGAAUGCCAAAACUGAUAUAGACACGACUACAAAAUGUUUCAGAGGCCAGGGGGAACAAUAUAGAGGGACAGUUGCCGUUACACCGGAUGGAGUGCAGUGCCAACGCUGGGACUCGCAGUUUCCCCACAACCAUUCUUACACUCCCGAGAACUACAAAUGCCAAGAUCUGAGAGAAAAUUACUGCAGGAAUCCGGAUGGGGCUGAGCUGCCGUGGUGUUUCACAGUGGACACCAAAGUGCGAACUGCCUUUUGUACCAAUAUUCCCAGGUGUGAUACAGAGCCGCCUGCUACAGAAGAGUGUUUUGAAGGCAAUGGUGAAGAAUAUAGAGGACAUUUGUCAAAGACCAGGUCUGGUGUUCCCUGUGCCAUGUGGGAAGACAAUCUUGACAGAAGCUCAGCUACAAAUUCAGAAAUUGCAAGCCUGGAAAACAAUUUCUGUCGGAACCCUGAUAAAGACAAACACGGUCCCUGGUGCUACACAAACAACUCUUCAGUUCCUUGGGAUUACUGUAUGAUUAAGCCUUGUAAGCCUUCAUCUAAUGUGAUCCCUACAAAGAGUGAUCCAUCACAGAUUUCCUGUUUUCGUCAUAAAAGAAUUAGAAUUGUUGGAGGAGCACCGGUAAAGAUUAAGGAAGCAAGCUGGAUGGUUAGCAUACAGAAAGGCAAUUCUCAUUGGUGUGGUGGAUCAUUGGUGAGAGAGGAUUGGGUCCUUACAGAUAAGCAGUGUUUCUCUUCCUGUGUGCCUGAUUUGGCCGAAUACAGUGUCUGGAUGGGUUUCCUCCACCUCAACGAUACAGGACGGGAAGAGUCAGAAAAACAGGUUCUGAAGAUCUCCCAUGUGGUCUGUGGACCUGAAGGCUCAAAUCUCGCUUUGCUGAAAUUAUCUGGGGCUGCUUUGCAAACUGAAAACGUUCGUACAAUUCCGCUCCCCGUCACAGGAUGUGCUAUUCCGGAACACACCAAUUGCACUAUGUAUGGAUGGGGAGAGACCAAAGGAACCGGCCAUGAUGGCAUCAUGAAAGUAGUGCAGUUGCCAAUUGUUAGCAAUGAAAGGUGCAAUGCAUACCAUAGAGGGAGUCUCCCAAUAACCGAGUCUAGACUUUGUGCUGGAGGAAAGAGGGAUGAAGGAGUUUGUGAGAAAGACUAUGGAGGCUCGUUGGUGUGUGAAGAAGGAGAUUUCAAAGUAGUAGUUGGCGUGAGUGUUCACGGCAGAGGAUGCGCUCGUUCCAACCGCCCUGCAAUCUUUGUCAAUGUUCCGUACUACGCCGAGUGGAUACAUAAAGUCUUCAAAUAUUAUUCGAACCUCUAAAAUAAUCCACGAGAUUUUGAGCCUUUUCGUAGGCGUUGCUUUAAUGUAUAAAUUUAAAUGACAUCUGUGAUGUUUUGAAUCUGUUUUAAUGUGUUGUAGUGGUGACAAAAUCCUAAUUUGGGGUUUUAUUACCAUUUAUUCCUUAUUUUGUUUUCCAGUGUAGCAGACUCAGUAUUAGAACACCAGGGAUGUCUUGAGGGGUUAAUUCUGAAUUGCAAGACAAUAAAGCAGUAAAAUAUUGUUUCUAAAGGCACGAGGAAAACAAGUGUAUGUAGCCAGUGUUCUGGCUACCAAUGCCUGUAGGUCUUUUGAUAAAAUGUUUUUUUUAUUCAUGGUCUGUAUUCUAAAAUUCUGUAUUCUAGACUGUUGCUUCACAAAUCAUAGCACUCAACCUGCAAGUUAUGAAAAAGUGACAUAAAGAUCAACAUUCAAAACUGUGUAGUGAGUCUGAAACUGGUCAUGUGUUUUUAAUAAUUCUAAAUGAUAAUAGUGAUAGUAGUGUUUUUGUUUGUAAUGGCAGUAUUAUCUCCUGAAAGUACUUGAAUAUAUGCAAGACCAAAAAUAUGACAUUUUCCUUCUUUUGGAAUUUCAUGUGAUAUUUUAAUUUACUUUGCAAUUAGUAGUAUCAACUGUAUUGUUAAUACUAGAAAGUAAAUUAUGCUUAAACAGGAUGUAAAUAAUGUGCUUGUAAUUUGGUUUGUCACAGACAAUGCAUUGUAGGUCUUAUAGAUCUCAAGAUGUAUUUAGGAAAAUGUUGAUCAUUUACAAGUAUUUUACAAUUUAUUUUUUUCUUUUUCUACUCCUAUUUUUAAGAUAAUAUGUAACAUUAUGAUAAUAUACUUCCCUACAUAAGGAGUUUUUUUAAGUAACUGGUUUACAGUUCAUUUUUUAACGCACUGAAUUUUGCAGGAGCUUUAUUUAAUGUGUGAUACCUUUUCUUCUGGCCAAAUAAAGUAGUGUCAAAAUCCUGGUAGCAUUUAUGUGUUAAAGAUUAACAUACCUAAUUUUAAAGAUGGAACAUUUGAUUUAACACUGAUUUAAUACCUUUUUAUGACUGUACUAAAUACUACUACAGUACUACUGUUACCUUUUUAGAUAAUUUUUAGAUAAUGCUUCCAAUGUUUUGAUUCCAGCUUCUUCUGGAGAUGGUAAAAGUAGCUGGACAGGGGACAGCUGAGUGCAUUGGAGAGCAGCACCAGAUUAAAUGCUUUAGCUGGUCUGUGACAAGAAUGGCCUCCUUGCACUGGUGAUGGUGGGGUAUAUACUGUGCACUGUGUGGGUUAUAUACUGUCCAUAAUACCAAGGGUUGGUGUGCCGCAUCCAAGGGAGAGUAAUGGUGACAAUAGGCAGCCCUGCACUGUGCAGUGGAUCCCGGUCAUGCUCCAGAAGAGGCAUUCUUUCAUCUGUUUUUUGUCCCAGCCAUUCUUACAGUAAAUCAUGGACCAAUUGAAUUCAGUUUUCAGUUUAGGCCAUAAUUGUAGAUUUUCAACUUUCAACUCCUAAGAUGCCCAGUGGGUUUUGUAAUUGGUAUAAACCCUGUGCCAGUUCUGUGUUUUAGUCACGUCCUCUUUCAGGUGUGUUGCCUGCAAUGUAGCCAAUUGGACCUCUGGAGAAGGAACCAGAUGCUCAUUAUGGGAGUAUCUGAUACAGUGUCAUUCCCAAUAGUGUCUCUGCAUCAUCAGUUGAUCAACGAGUAAUAGCUAUUUUGUCAGAACUAAUAGCCAGAAAGUUGAGGAGAUUCUGUGUGCUGAAAUUGUUGGAAACUCUACGCUUGAAGUAGGGUAUUUUUGACACUAGGGACUGAGUAACUGAAGAAACAAGUAAAAUAGACAUUUAAACAACAAAGCUGGAAUAAAAUUAUGUAUAAACCAUUCUUGUUCCUCUGUAACCUUGAUGUUCCUGUGUCUCCACUAUAUUAGUAUUUAACUGAUAGUGAUUAUAAAUUAAAUUUAAUGCACUUGUCUGUAUGCUUAGAUGGCUUCAAACCAGAACAAAAGUCCCUUGAAUCUGUAUGGUGUUUAAGAGGUAUUUUGUGUAUUCCCUAAAAAUAAACAUUGAAAAGCAACAAGCCAUGAUACUACCAUUAAGAAUGUUUUUUUCUGAAUGUACCUGCAAUGAAAGUACUUGUGUGCUUGCUCAGACAUGUAGUGUAGCUGCUAGAAUUAGACUACGCUACUAAGGAUUAAUAAAGCUUUUGAUGAUGUUUUCUGCUGGACAGAAUAUAGAGUGUUUGUGCAUAAUACCUGUUCUAAUUGUUCCUAACAGGCAGAGACUAGGAUUUGCAGUGACAUUGUGGUGAAAAGUUAGUGGUCAUUUAUUAUUAGUAUAGAAGAGAUUUUUUGUAAGAUGUGUUUUCAGUGGUGUUCUGUUGUGCUUCAAUUUAUGCAUUCUUUAUGCUUAGACCUCAGUAUUGGCAGCCUCCCAACAAGAUCUGCUUGGGAACUCCAUCAUUAAACCACUGUAAAUUUAAAUAUAACAAAGCAAAUAUGAGUAGAAUGACUUUUAAAAUUUAUUUGAAUUAGAAGUAACCCUUCUCUGAUGGUACAGUAUAUACCUACUAUGUGGGAAAAAGUGAUGUUUUAAAGCUUUCCUUUUAGUUUCUAAUUUUGUUUUAUAUAAUCCUGUACCUAUACACUGUAGAUUACUGUUGCAUUUGGAGUAUGAAUAAAAAGACAAAGGUGCUGGGCUGUUGUUCAUGGUGGACAGUGCUCUGAAUAAAUUAUCACAGCUUGAACUUUAAUAUAUAAAAGGAAAUGUGACGUGCAAAUUUAAGGAAAGGAGCAAAAUUUGGUGCUGGGAGUUUCAUUAAAAUAUAAAAUGUGAACACAUGUAAGAUGCAUAGUAGGCUUAUAUUCAAAAUACACUUUCCAUCAUGCUAAAUUAAAGAUGCUUUUUUUCCUUGUAAGGGGAAAAAAAACAAAAGCAAGUUUGGAAAGUAAUGCAUAUCUUUCAGGACAGUAAUUUUAAAAAACAUGAUGCUUUAUAAUAAGAAUUUGUGUUUUUUAUUAAGCAAAACUGGGUGUUUUGAAAGUUGAUGUGUUUUGAAUAUGCCCAUGAACAUGUCCACUUAGAAGGUAACUAAAAUGUUACCUGACACACUAAAGAUUUUAUACUUUUGAAUCAUUUUAAGUCACUGGCAAAUGGGUCAUCCAAUAUGUAGUAAAGGAAAUGUGCAUAAAAUAAUGUUUAGUCCUGUUAUAAUGUGUUGAUUGCAAUACACAAACCUUUUAAGAUUAUAUGUGACCAGCAGUGAUCCUGGGUGGUUGCAAGCUAUCCGAAUUUAAGUCGAAUUUAAUUAACAACUGGCCGGCUUACACAGUCAAGCAAUCCAUGAUGAACAGUGAUCUCAGAAAACCGGCUGGAUGUUUUCCCUAGGUUAAGUCAUGCUUGCAGUAACUUUAGGCAUGAUCUCUAGUCCUUGUUCCAGAAAGCAAUAUUGUUGUUUAUUUUAUGAUUGUCCUUCCAGAUGAACUCUUGUUACUUCAUUAGACCUAUAAUUGUUCGAAAUUUCAUGUAGAAUUUGUAGGACUCGGCCUGUUCAGAACCAGGGUUUGAGAUCACUGCCAAACAAUGUCUGGGAGAACUCUUUGUAUGAUCAUAUAUUUUGUAAAUUGUCUUGGCUUGUAAUGUAAUCUUUGAAGAACAAAAAUCAAAAUUAAAGAUAUAUUUUAAACAAUAAAGGAUUGCUGUAUAACACUUUCAACUUA